AUGCGCCAACAUAACCUUGCCUUCGUUGACCUACUAAACACACCAACACCUAGCCCUGCAGCUCGAUCAUCCCGUGCACCACAACCUCCCCUUGUGCUUGACCCAGAGGCAAAGUGGCACCCGCUCUACAUCAAGGCGACUACACGGAUCCAGGCUGCAGACAGCCUUACCUCAAUUUUGCACCGGCACCCGAAAACUGUUACGAACAUAACUUAUGCCGACAUCUCUAGCAAAAGCAAAAUGCCUAUCGUCCAUGUCAACCAAACAGAAUGGCGAAUCGUCAUUAUAGUGCCGAAUCAUAAUAUUAUUGUCGGAGACUUUGAAGGGACUGGUCCCCAUGCAUGCCUUCCCAUCAGAUUGUGGGAAACGAUACUGGAGCAUCACUUUGACAUCGAAUGCAACGAAAGCUGUGGUCGCCCCGCGCAGGGAAUGAAUAUGCCAGAUGACCCCGUGAAUAGGGAUGUGAUUGCAGAUACCGACCACCCAGGCCCAUGUGCAUUCGGCCAACCUGUUGCUGGUGAAAGUGUCGCCAGAGCUACAUCGGUAGAUUCCAGCUUCAGCAGCAGCACACCUCCCCCAGCGCUGGCGAUGCCGACUUUAGAAGAAUUGGAAAUUCAAGAGGUCCACCAUCGCACUGCUCGCCUCCAGAAUGGGAUGGCUAGAGAUGUCGCAAUUCUAUGGAACAUUGCUCUUUCUGAUAUCCACAACGAUACCGAUGCCUGCAUGGUCAUUCGAUCGCCUACGGCAGAAGCUGCAGCUGAAUCUCUGAUGCACCAUCUCAAGAAUCUUGUCACUGGGGCACCAAUACCGGAGGAUCUUUGCCCAGAUACGACGAUUGACAAUGUUACUGAGGCUGCAAUGAGCCAUCCUUAUUUCAGAGUGAUCAUCAACGGUGCCCCUGGGGAUGGUCCAAGGCGACAAGUUUGGUCUCAUAUCUUGUCUGGACUCCUCGGCGACUGGAAACACUUUGUAAGAAUGGCAGAGGAUGACUUCUACACACCCUCCCUUGUUCCUGCACCAGCUGUCAGCGAACGCGACAGGAAGAUCUUCAUUUUCUUCGGAUUUAUCAUCCGACAAUCAUUCGUGUGGGGGUUCGAUACACUCCCAAUAUCGCCAUUCUUCUUAGCAUUCCUCUUCAAGGACUUUGAACAUGCAACGACCCCAGAGUUUGUGAACGCUGUCGCCCCCCAAGCUGCAAAGCGACUCGCAUCCUGGCCUCCAAAAGCUGUUGGGCCACCAAGCGAAGAUGGAACUCCUCCUCGACUCGUGCUUGAUGGCACCAUGGAUCCAAUGUCGCUGAUAUUUGAGUGGGUCCCGAACGUAACAGCUGACCAUAUUCGGGACAUGUCCCUUGAAAACCAAUUGAAACUUCUUCCUUCAAUCAAGGCUGGCCUUCUGUUCGCCCACCAAACACAAGAUAUUGAAAGAUCUUACCUCUCGCAUCACCAUCCAAUCUUCGAGGCUGUAGCGAUCGGAAUAAACUACCCCUUUUUUUCUGUAACUGAGGUCACUGGCGAAUCUCAGCCCCCUAAAUUGAUGGAUAUACUUCGAACCAAUUUCGACAUUCUGGCUCUCCUGGGCACCAUGUACCAAGAUCGCGUCAUUACGACCUCAAUCGAUUUGCUGCCCUAUAUCGCUUGGACAGAUGUUGAACCGAAUCCCGAUUCCCCCACUGAGAAUCUUACCAAGUACUUCGCCCGGCGAUCACGAUUUUUAGAGCUUUUGCGCCACUAUCUCCGAGGCAAAGGGCAUCCAUUGGGUGCAGUUGGAGUGAGCUCUCAGGCAUUCCAAGAGUCGCGGGAUGAUGCUGCCCUUCGUCCAACACUGUUCUUAGAAGCCGUCACCUCAUCGCGAUUCCUCCCUCUCGCACACGAGAGACUGAUGAUACAGUUUAAGCGACUUCUUGCACUGGGAACAGCACAAGCCUCAGGGGCACAUUUUCAUACCUGCUUCCGGAGUGUUGAAUUUCAGAUUGACGAUGCUUUUGCAUCUCUAGCCCACAUGCCCGAUCCAGUGACACCUCUUGCUGCAUUUUCUGCCUUCGAUAUCUGGAUGCACUCUCUUUUGUGGGGUAGCAACCAGGUAUUCAACGCAGUUUGA